AGGCAGUGAUGCUUCCUUUAGUCGGACAAAUCUUCAUCUCAGUGAGGUGGCUUCAUGAUUUGGGUGUGGCCCAUCGAGACUUAUCGCUGGAGAACAUUCUUCUAACUGAUGCAGAAGGUGGGCAACAGAUCAAGCUCAUUGACUUUGGGAUGGCCACCGUGAACCGAACCUGCAAGAAGGAGGUUCGAGGAAAACAAUCCUAUCAAGCUCCGGAGAUGCACACUUCGGAUCCCUACGAUGCCUUCUUGGCCGAUGAGUUUGCUUUGGGUGUCUCAAUUUUUGCAAUGGCGGUGCAGGAUUAUCCUUGGACUUCAACCAAGAAAGGUUCGUGUCAGCUUUUCGAGUACAUCUCAACGUUUGGUUUGAUGAAAUUUCUGAAGAAGAGGAAGUUGAGGAAAGGUACUGAACAUCUUUCAGAGGUGAUGAGUGCUGAGUUGACCCAGCUCAUCGAUUGCAUGCUCCAGUUGGAUGCCUCCAAUCGGCUCUCCUUGGGCGAAGCCUGCUUCAGCGGCGAGGCUCGUAGAAGCGUUUGGGACGAGCUUUGGAUCCAAUCCUUUCAAGGACCCUAGCUGAACGGCUUCUCUCCCUCCUUCGCGCUUUGGCUUUGCAGUCCGGAAUCUCUCUUCGGUUUUUUAAAGAAGAGAAAGACUUCAGGAGAAGUCAAAUGGAUAAAUAUAUUCGAAAACAAAAUUGAGAGCC